AUGGCACAAGGCAGCCAGGAGAUCUUCGUGUCUUCAGCGGCCACCAAAGAGUUCGGCGUGGUCCUAGAGUCGCACAAUGCGCUGGCCCAGAAGCUGGUAGACCUACAGCAGCAGCUCGAGACUGUGAAGCUGGCCCACGAGGAGACGCUCAAGGCCGCAGCGGAAAAGCAAGCCAAGGAUGAGGAGAGACAAGCGGCGGCUCAGAAACAUGAGGAGGAGCAGAAUCGCCAGGCGGAGCAACUGGAGACGCUCAAGGCGCGGAUUGACGAGAUAGGCAAGUCCCAUGAAAGUUCGGAUGAGAAGCUUGCGGCCCUUGAGGAGUCUACGGCCACAAGCCUUAAAUCCCUGCAGCUCGCAAUCGACGAGCUUGGCAGCCACCAGGCAGAGCUAAAGACCCGCAUCCUGCCCAAAUGGGAGGCGGAGCUGAGCUCCCAGAUAAAGAAACUGGAGAAGGAAGUGCUUUCCUUGCGGCAAAGUGGUGACGCGCGUACAGAGCAGCUCUCAAAGGCAUCUUCGGACUUGGAGGCAAGAGUCCUUGCAGAAUGCGGAGCUGUCGAGUCACGACUACGCCCUCAGCUUGAAGAAGCCUUCAGACGCUUGAACAAAGCUGAGGAAGAUUUAGGCGAACUGCCGGUCGAUCUGGAAGCGACCGCGGCAGAGGGCAAGAAGCGAUGGGAGGCUUUAGCUGCCGAGUUAAAGACUUCCAUGGAAGAGCUCCGGGAUUUCAUCACGAGCCAGGACAAGCAGUAUGCAGCAGAACUUGCCGAGGUGUACGGACCGCGGAUGGACAAGCUGGAAGGUGCGCUGAAACAGGCAGACUACGAAAGGUUGGCUUUUGCUGAUCGCGUCACGAAGGAAUUAGCAUCUCUGGUCAAAGAUACCGAAAAGCUCAGCAGCUGCGACGACCGUCACGAAGCAGACUCCGCUGAGAUUUGGCGUGAAUUGGGGAGAAGAGACAAGGAGCAGAAAGAAAGCUUGGAGAAGGUGGUGAAGGAACUACGAACAGAAGUCAUCUCUUGUGAGACUCGAACAUCGGAUGUGGCACAAAGCUGCUCCGUCGUUGUCCAACGCCAGGAUGCUGGACAGAGUGAUCUCUUGCGCAGGUUGGAAGCGGAGGUCAGGCGCUUGGAAGACCGCCUCCAAGCCCAGGCGGAUUCCGUGGUCCACACCAUCCGUGGCGAUGAGGGAGCUCGGAUCCGGGCUCUCGAGGAGGAGGUCAAGGAGCUGGCCCGGCAGAGGCAGCAGCUGGCAGAGCGCCUGGACCAAGAGGAGAGGGACCGCAAGGCGGAGGUCGAGGGGGCAGCUGGGGGCGCCGAGAAGCGGGCGGCGGCCGUGGAACUGGUAGCGAAUGCUCGCUUCGAGUCGGUCAGGCGCGCCUUGGACGAGCUUGUCAUCGAGUUCCAGGGCUAUGUGAAGACGGAGAACGCGCGUUCAAUGGAUGUCGCCCGGCUGGAAGCUUUGGUCCGUGCGUUGGAGGUCCGCGUGUGGCCUUGGCGAAACGGCGCCAAGGACCGAAGCCCCUCGCCGACCCACGCGAUUCCGCAGCUUCCACAGUCCAAAUACCCAGAGGAGCCGGACUGGCGGGAGUGGAUCAAGAAAAGACCGGCGACAGCCCGAGGGCGGAAGGAAAGCAUGAAUGGGCUGGAGGGCUCGCCAGUUGGUCCCGCGAUCACCGCCAUCCGCUCAAGGCCGUUCAACGACCGUUCGGAUCGGUAUGCAUGA